AUGUCAAUGGUAGCAGCUGGUGUUGGGAAACUUGUGGAAGAUAAAAAGCUUCAGUGGACAACUCUCUUGAGAGAAAUCCUACCCGGGAUUGAUGAUGCUGGCGUCUACUGGACCUACAGAACGACAAUAACCGAUCUUCUGGCACAUCGAUGUGGAUUGGAUGGAGAAAUUGAGACUUUACUCGCAGAUGGUGGAAACAACAACGCACAGCCUUCUCUGGAAGUGCUGUUGAAAACUCUCGACCGCAUCCCUGGCACGCUUCCGCACCGUGAGAGCUGGCUAAUGUGUCCGUGGGGAUACACUCUUGCUGCGCAUAUAAUUGAGCAUAUAUCUGGACAGCCACUUCAUGAGUAUCUACAAGACCAAGUAUUUCGGCCACUUGGUAUGACUUCAACCACUUUGCGGCCGUCCUUUGAAGAGGGCAAGAAUCUCGCUAGACCGCAUGCUUCACUUGGAAACGGGGAGGUUGAUCCAUUGAAACUUCAACCCGAUUUUACGGAUACAUUGUUCGAAGCGUCACGCGGAGCUUAUUCGACAGUGAGUGAUCUUCUCAUAUGGACCAAGGAAACAAUGGCUGCGAGCCAUAACUCAGAGGCAUCCACCAGCACAGUAUUGAAACAAAUACCGUACAUACUCAGCAACCAUAUCGCAAUGCAGAAUCCAUCGUUAUCAGAAAGGUCGUACGGAUUUGGCUGGGCAAGAGCCCAGCUUCCUGGUGUCGUUGGUCUUCUUGGUGGAAACUCUAGACUUUGGGAGAUGGAUAAGCAGCCUGUCUUCGGGGCUGGAAGCGAGUCUAGGCUAAUGAUUUAUCAUCAAGGCGGAGGUCCGGGGUACUCUUCCUUCCUUGCUAUGUUUCCCGAGACACAGUCGGCCGUUGUUGUCCUCAUGAACACCACCGCGACGAGCGAUGCUGCAGACUGGAUCGCGCGACUGCUGAUCGAGAGCCUCUUUGACUUCGCCACACCCACCGAUUAUGUGAGACUUGCAGAACAAGGUAGAACACGAGCACUCGAAAGAUUUGCCACACUGCAUAGCAGAUUGACCGAGGAGAGGAUUCAAGGAGCACCGCCACUACCCCUUGAUCGUUACGUCGGCGUGUACAACAAUGAAAAGUAUAAGUACACGCUCAGAGUCACUCUUAGUUCAGAGUCAGAAAGUGACCUUAUGAUUUCCUUCCAAGGUCUCGACUCACAGCGCUACCCCCUGCGCCACUACCACGAUCACGAAUUUGAAUGGAGCAUGAGCUACGAUGAAAUGAAAAAGAGUGGGAGAUAUGAUAUCACAGAUCCUUCCUACUACAAGAUGCGGUUUGAAAUCUAUCCUGACAACCGAGCGGCUCGAAUUAUAUGGAGUAUUCACGAUGCAUCGAUUCCAGAUGGAUUGAUAUUUGAGUGGAAAGAUGAGCGUCUGGCGGAAGCAUGGCGAGCAGUACGUGCCGGUAUGAACCAUUCCGCCUCGCGCAAAGGAAGCGCCAUUGACUUAUAUGGCUAUCUAGAUAUUCUGGCUUCCAAACGAACACCGUGA